AAGGAGCCACCGGCACAGCCGAAAGCGAAGCCAAAAGCGAAGGAGACACCGGUACAGACAAACGCGACGGAGACACCGGCACAGCAGCUGAAAGUGAAGGAGACGCCGGCAGAGCCCAAGGCCCAGCAAAAGGAGGAGUCCCAGAGCAAGGCGAAGAAGGCGAAGAAGAACAAAUGCAAGGAUCAGUCCCUGCCAACCUCCACCGAGGAAGUGGUUUCGGCUGCGCAGAAGACGAAGACGGACGCAGCCCAAGAGAAGGGAAAAGAAGCCACUCCUUUGACCUCGGAGGGAUACCCUACGCUGCCAAUCUGCAAGAGGACGAAGACAGAGACGGAGGUGGGAGAGCUGGUGCUGAUGUGCUUGGGCUUACAGAGGGCCGUGCCGAAACCACGGCAAGCAGUUCCGCGCCCCGAGAUCCGCGACUUACUGGCGAAGCUUGCGCCCGGCGGGGAGGACUCGAAAGUGCAGUCCUGGCUAGGGGGAAGCGGGUAUUCCUUGGGCCACCAGAGCUACUACGAGAAGCUCCUGCCCUCCCUGCGUCAGCUGGUGAAGCGACUCAACACGCAGCUUGCGGAUACCGAGCGGGUGGGGUGUCAGCAGUGGGAGGAUUCAGCUGACGCACCGGAAAAAAGGCAUAGGAAGAGGGCGGGUGUUGGUGCAUGA